AACAGUAAUGCCAAAAUAAAUAACAGGGCGGUAAGAACCGCAGACGUGGAAAGAACGACAACGAGAACGACAAAAGAGAGCUGCUCUUUAAGGAGGAAGGACAAGAAUACGCCCAAGUUAGUAGAAUGUUAGGAAAUGGACGUCUAGAAGCCAGCUGCUUCGACGGCGUCAAGAGACUGGGCCACAUUAGAGGUAAAAUGAGGAAGAAGGUCUGGGUCGGUGCAGGCGAUAUCGUCCUACUCAGUUUGCGUGAGUUCGAAGACGAGAAGGCAGAUAUUAUCCACAAGUACUCCCCAGACGAAGCUAGAGCACUGAAGCAAUACGGUGAACUCCCAAGUGAAGCUCGCAUCAACGAGAACGAAGCAUUCGGCGAUGACGACCUCGAGGGUGAGAUUGAGUUCGGUGAGCAGGAGGAAGAAGGUGAAGAUGACGACAGUGAGGAGUCAGAUGUAGAUAUAAACGAUUUAUAAGCUAGCAAUUUAUCAUUUU